UGGGCAAGAGGGGGAGCCGGCCGGUGCAGGUGUGGGCGAGUGGCAGACACAAGCUGCCAGGGACCCCUGAGCUGGACGUUCCUGAAGCCGACUGUCCCCAAUAGGACCAGCAGGGAAGCGUGCUGUGGGACAGUUUCCCGGGAGAGGCCUCCUGCCUCCCUCUCCUGGCGCCAGGCACCGGGAGGGCGGUGCACCCGGGAUGGCGCCAGGACGGCGGGGCAGAGGGAAGGCCCUUUCAAGCCCGCAGGAGCCAGGCACCCCUGCGUGUGCGGACGGGGCCUGCACCUUCCUACAGAGGCUGCUCCCGCGCUCAGCCUCCCUCCCUUUACAACCAAAGUUGAGAAGAAAGCUCGGCCAGCCGUGGCCUUUUUCUAGACAGCGCGGUUGGUCUGGGGACCGGGUGGGCUGCAGCCUGCUUCGGGCAGUGGGGGCGGGCAGUGGCUGCCCCUCAGCUGCAGCUCGGGCCUGCUGGCCGUGGCCACUCACUGGGGCCUGGUGCAGCGGGCCCAGGGUGGCCGCCGGCAAGGUGCUGGGGUGCUUGGCAGUGGUCUCACGUGGUGGUCAGGUCUGGGCAGUGCCGGGUCUGUGCUGGUCCCACUGUCCAGACCGGGGACUGCUGGGACCAGGCGGUACCUGCACUGCCUUGGCCCCCCAAGUUGGCGCUGUGCCAAGUAGGCAUCAGAGGGUCGGCCUGGGUGUGGGAUGGACCCCUGUCCUCUGUGGACAGCAGGGCCCCAAGACCCAAAAACUUAUUGAGAGCCCAUCUGGGGCCCCGCUAGGCCUGUGCUGGGGGUCACGGGCUGCAGGGCACCGCCUCAGACCAGGCCUCCUAAUGGGUCUGUGUCCCCCUCUGCUCAGCGGCCCUCAGGGCCACUUCGGGACCACAGUCUGUGUGGACUUGCCCACGCCCGGUGGUGCCGCCAUGGCGUCCGCUGGAGCAAGCGACGCGAUGCUGGCACGAGGGCUGAAGAGGAAGUACCGGGACCGCGAGGGCGAGGCGGGAGGCGCCCUGGCCUAUGGCCUGCAACGGCAGUCGCUCCUGGACAUGUCUCUGGUCAAGCUUCAGCUGUGCCACAUGCUGGCGGAGCCGAGUCUGUGCCGCUCCGUUCUCAUCGCCAACACGGUCCGGCAGAUUCGGGAGGAGAUGGCCCGCGACGGCAUGGGGUGGCCGGGGGCUCCCCCCAGCACCGGUCGAGCGCUCCCCGACCGCCUGUUGUCCACAGACCUCCUGUGUCGCCCGGGGCGGGAAGGACCCGGCCACGAGCAGGACCUGGCUCCGAGGGACCUGCCCAGCAGCCUCCAGGAGGUGGACAGCCCUCGAGAAAGCAGAGGAAGCUUCCAGAAGUCGCUGGACCAGAUAUUGGAAACCCUGGGGAGUAAAAGCCCCAGCUCAGUGGGGGAGCUGUUCUCAGACGUGGACGCUGCCUACUAUGGCCUGGACGCCGUGCUGACGGGGGUGGCCGGCGGCACCGCGGGGCUCGGUGAAGGGCUGGAGGCCUUCGCCGCUGUCACCCCCUCGCCUCCCGGCUGCGGCUGCCAGCCGGACCUGGGGGAGCUGGAGCACGUGGCUGGCGUCCUGGUGGGGGCCUGAGCCUCCAGCUCCCGCCGGGCGCCCCACUGGCUUGGCACCCGCGUGUCCCGCGUCGUGUCCCCGGGUCCACGUCGGACGCUGGUGUGCUGGGGCCCUGCUAUGUCUCAGCGAUAUUUUUUAAAUGUUUUGUACUCGGGUCUCUAGAGUCUGAGCUGUCCUCGCGGACGGUCUGCGCCACGGUGGCUGCCAGCGCCCGCUCGGCCUGUGGCUCUUCUGGCUCCAGGUCUGGCGUGGUCUCCGAGGGCCACUGUGCGCUGGGGGGCCUCCCCCGGGCACCCACGACGUCACCCGCUUUGCACGACGUCACCCGCUUUGUUAAACUGUCCCUGAAGGGCGGGGCGUGUGGUCCUCGUCUCCGUCACAGCCCCCACACUGCCCUCCGAGGGGACCUCUCCCGUGGACGUGGCUCACGCACCCCAGGCCGCCUCCAUGGGAGCCGGGGUGCACAGG